AAAUAACUAUAGUAUCGUUUAAUUGUAAUUUGAUUUUACUCGGGAAGAGUUCCAGUUAAAUAUGACUAUGGAAGAGAAGCCGAAAACUAGUGCAACUCCUAUAUUAAAGUAUAAAGUUGCUCGUUCAGAAAAAUUUGGCAGAUAUUUGCAGGCAGCAAAAAAUUUGCAAGCAGGUGAAGUGAUCCUUCGAGAAAAACCAAUCGCGGUUGGACCAAUAACAUCCAGCAAUGAUUAUGUGUGUUUCGCGUGUCUGCGUUUGUUGCCUAAAAUCAAGAAAGGAAUACAAUACCUUUGCUCCAAAUGCAAUGUCGCACCUUUGUGCGGCCCUGGUUGCGAGGAACAGUCGAAGCAUCAUACACCUUACGAAUGUGACACAUUUAAAAAUAAUAAAAAGCUAUCAUCAGAUAACAUAGGAGAAAUAAUUGGUAUAUUAUUGCCUUUAAGACUAUGGUUCCUAAAUCAAACAGAUCCAGAAUUAUGGAAAAGAAUUGAAACCAUGGAAGCUCAUAUGGAUGAAAGGAGAAACACAUCUGUAUGGAGAGACAGAGAAAUCAAUGUUAUAAACGUAAUGAAAGCACUCCACUUGAUUCCUGAAGAUGAUGCAUCCAUCCCGGACCAUCUGCAACAGAUGUGCGGAAUUUUAGACGUGAAUACUUUCGAGCUAAGAUCUCCGGGAGGUUUGGAUGGGCUUCUUUUGCGAGGUUUAUAUGUAGCAGCCUCUUUCAUGGCUCAUGAUUGCAGAGGAAACACUCAUCUGACUGUGGAUGAUGAUUUUCAGCUUACUGUGUAUGCUAGUUUACCGAUCAAAGAAAACGAAGCGAUUCUUUUUAAUUACACAUCGUCCCUUUUGGGAACAGUAGGUAGAAGAGAUCACUUGCGAGGAGGAAAGUAUUUCGAAUGUGAAUGCUCAUUAUGUAGCGAUCCCUACGAAAUGGGAUCCCAUAUGAGUAGUAUUCUAUGUCCACGAUGCAGGAAAGGAUACAUGGGAAUACAAAAUCCAUUGACGAGAUACCCGUACGAAAAAGGUACAGCAUGGCAAUGCGACAAAUGCAGACGAUGUAUCGGUGGUCGUCUUGUAAGAGCCACUGUUAAUAUAUCUAGAACACUGAUUGAUGAUAUGGAUGAUUAUGAUAUCAAAGGAAUGGAAGCAUUAACGAAAAAAUUAUUGGGAUCCCUUCAUCCAAAUCAUUUUCUAAUGCUAUCCUUGAAGCAGAAGUUACUAGCCGCGUAUAGGAAAGAAGUGGCAACUCCAAAUCCACAGAAAAAAAUUAUGCAACGAAUGUUGGAUGCUUGUAGAGAAAUGUAUAAUGUGUUGGAGAUAGUAGAACCAGGGAUAUCUCGGUUGAAAGGAAUAAUGUUGUACGAAAUGCAUUUACCACUGGUACUACUUGCAAACCGCGCGUACUCGGCGCGGGAAAUUUCUUCAGCGGAACUGGCCUCGCGCCUUGAAGAAGCCGGAAGUCUUUUAAAGAAGUCCUUAACGAUACUCCUUUUGGAACCAGUGGACACACCCGAGGGGAAAUUAGCUAAACGAGCUCUGCAAGAAUUGAAAGCACUAAAUCAAAAUAUAGCCGACGUUAAAACGAUUACAAUAGCUGAUCAGAAAUGUAGCCAUGAUAAAAAGAAACCGCAAAAAAAUAAAUCUACUAAGAAUAAAUGAACAUGAAACGCUUAAAUAAGCGUGUCAAGAAAAUAUUUGUUUCUAUAUACAAUACUAAUAAUAAUGAUUUUUGCAGAAA